AUAAAACCUGGAUUCUCCGGCAAUCCAGUAUCACUUAUCCGAAAGCGUUGUGACUAGAGAGACCAAGAUGUCUUCUCUCAGAUUAAAUGUUAGUUUUGGUGCCGGGAUUCUCUUAUUGAUAAUUAUCGUUAAUCAAGUGUCUUGUGAUGACGGAAACAACCUUGUCAAAAACGGUGAAUCAGGUUCUCAAUGCGCGGAACAAAAGGAUUGCUUGUUACUGUGGUUUGGACCAAGACUUGGACGUCGACGUAGAUCUGGAGCUGUGUCCCAGGUUAACGACGACAUUAACACCAUCACAGACGUCAUCAAUGCUAAUCCUUGGGCUUUUGCUUCUUAUCAUGGAACCGGAGACAAAAGACACUCGACCCAGUUCACUCCGAGACUAGGUCGAGAGCUAGAGGACACCUUGGUCCAGAGAUAUUUAACGCUUGACAAAGAUAAUGAUUUAUAUCACCUGAUGGACGGCCAAAAUGUUGAUCAAAACCGGCAACUGUCUCUUCCUCCACCGCCUUUGUUCGCACCACGUCUGGGUCGUCAGCUACCCUUAAACUCGCCUCGGUUGAGACAACUACUUCAGAAUCUACGCAACUUUUAAAUUAUUAUACAAUUAUUUUCUUUAUUUCUUCUCUCUUUCACUAUUUAUUGUUUUAUCUGAAAUCAUAAAUGUAUUAGUGUAACCAAAGAUAAAUAAAUUAAUAUAUUUAAA